GUCCGGCAGCACUGUUGGAUUCGCUGUUUUCUAUAAAAUUUACACAUCCACAAAUUGUUAAAGUUUCCAAAAAUCCUUAGACAUUCCGUCUUGCUGAUUCAGGACCCGUGUCAUGGCGCCUCCGGCAGCGAGGGCUCGCUAUAUAGCCAACAAAGCAGACAACCAGGUGCUUACCAAGAAGCCUCCCAAGCGUUUGGGCCUCAAUGGCAAAAGCGAGAAGGAGGCCGGCAAUAAGAAAGAUAAAGAUGCCAAAAAGCGCAAGCAAGCGGGGAGUAGUUCCCAGGAAAAGGCCAACCCAAACCCAAUUAUGCCAAGUGUGAACACUGCCUUCAAGUCCUUUGUAAGCGUCCGGCUCUGCAGUGCCAUUUGGGCCUACAUUGCGGACUGUGACGAGACCUUUAACUACUGGGAACCACUACACUACAUCAUCAACGGUCAUGGGUUGCAGACGUGGGAGUACAGUCCCCAGUUCGGGCUGCGAUCCUACACUUAUCUGCUCCUUCAGGGCGUACCCGGUUACUUUUACCAAAAGAUAUUCAAUCCAAAUCCCAUAUUAAUCUUCUACAUGGUGCGGUGUAUGCUUGGAUUUGCCUGUGCCGUUAUGGAACGUUACAUGUAUAAAUCCAUUUGCCGGGAGUUUGGCAUACAUAUCGGUCGCCUGUGGCUAAUUUUCCAGCUCUUCAGCGUGGGAAUGUUCGUGUCUAGCACCGCUCUCUUGCCUUCUUCAUUCUCCAUGUACUUCGGGUGCGCUGCCCUGGCCGCCUGGUGGCAGACCCAUUAUGAGUUGGCUAUAUUCCUGACUGCAAUAUCCGCCCUGUUAGGCUGGCCUUUUGCUGCCCUGAUUGGCGUGCCUCUGGUUCUGGAGCUCGUGAUAAGACGACGGGAGUGGAAAACAUUCGUGCAAUGGACUCUGAUCUCGGGAGCCGUGGUGGCCUUGCCUAUGAUUGCCAUAGACACUAGCUACUUUGGCAAGCUAACCUUCGCUCCUUUAAAUAUUGUGUGGUACAAUGUUUUCACCAGCCAUGGACCAAAUAUAUUUGGCACUGAACCUCUCAGCUACUACAUCGUCAAUGGUUUCCUUAACUUCAACAUAAUAUGGCUCCUUGCACUCCAGCUGCCAAUCAUGCUGGUAAUGGACUACCUGAUUGUACCGGCAAAGUCAAAGUCCACGCUCAAUUUCCCCCACUACAUCUCGCUAGCUCCGCUCUAUCUUUGGCUGUUGGUGUUUUUUGCACAAGCCCACAAGGAGGAGCGGUUCCUAUUCCCGGUUUACCCACUGAUCUCUCUUUGUGGCGCCAUCACCGUGGAUGUGUACCAGCGCAUCUUUUUCCGCUUAAAGUCGCUGGUGUUCAAAAUCAAAUCUGGAGUGCACUAUCUCGACCAAAGUAUGUUCAUAGCCAUUUUGGUAAUGGUAACCAGCACGCUUCUGGGACUAUCACGGGUGUUUGCCCUGUACAGGAACUAUCAUGCACCCAUGGACCUGAUGCUAGAGCUCCAUCAAUUCAAAGCCACUCCGCAGUAUAACCCGAAUAUGAUCUACAAUGUGUGCAUUGGCAAAGACUGGCAUCGAUAUCCAGGCAGCUUUUUCUUCCCAGCGCACAACUUUCGAUUGCGUUUCCUCAAGUCCGAGUUCCGUGGCAUGCUUCCGGCGUAUUAUGUGAAUGGAGCGAAUGCCACCAAAGUGGUGCAUCCAUACUUUAACGAUCUCAACCAAGAAAACGAGCAUAUGUACUUUGAUUACGAUCGCUGCGACUUCCUUGUGGACUUUGACGAUGGUAAAUACACGGCCUUGGAGCCAAACUAUUCGAAACGUUCCAAGGAAUGGUUGGUGAUGAAGAGCUUGCCUUUCCUCAUACCGGAGAAGUCUCAUAAGGUGUUCCGUGCCUUCUACGUGCCAUUCCUCACAGACAAUCACAUUCAGUACGGUAACUUUAACCUUCUAAAAAGGAAGCCGAAACGAAACGGAAGGUGAAGGUUGACCCCGAUUGAAG